GAAAAAGCUACUAGAACCCCUGCAUCAGCACCGGUCAGGAAACUACCGUAGAUAAUAAGGUGGCUGGUCAGUGAAUGGCAUGGUUGAACAACUGAACCGGUGAACCACGGUGUAAUUGGAUUACUACUGUGCUAACGACGCUCCCAGUCUAUUGCGUGCAAACUGCAGGUAUAGUCCAAGCCAUGUCGUGGAUGUGGCCCCUGCUCCCUGCCCUGGUACUCUUUUCUGUGUUGUCUGUGGUUCGAGUACAGACUGCACCAUGCCAGACCUGCCGCAAGCUCACUGACAGCUUCAUCAAGGGACUGGAUAAAACAUCCAAUAAGAAUUUUGGGGGUGGCAACACUGCUUGGGAGGAGGAAAAUCUGUCUAAAUAUGCUCGCAGUGAAACCAGGUUGCUGGAGAUAGUGGAGGCAGCGUGUGAGAAAUCAGACAUAGACUGUAACAAACUGCUGGAGCAGAUAGAGGACCAAGUGGAGACAUGGUGGUUCCACCGGCAGCAAGAGGCUCCAGACCUAUUUGAGUGGUUGUGUAUAGAAGAGCUCACGCUCUGCUGUCCCCCGGGACAUUUUGGACCAGACUGCAAAGAGUGUCUGUCUGGUCCUGGAGGGGUGUGUGGUGGUCUGGGCCGCUGUGAAGGAGAGGGCACGCGUCUGGGAGAUGGAGAGUGUGUGUGUGACCCGGGGUACUUCGGUCAGCUGUGUCAGAGCUGUGCAGACGGCUAUUACAGAGAGAAGAGUUCCAAUCACAGCACACCAGCCUGCGCAGCAUGCUACCGCUCUUGUAAAAAGUGCUCAGGGCCAGAGAACUACAAAUGUCUGGAAUGCAAACCUGGGUGGCUCUUCCAUGACAACAAGUGUGUUGACACUGAUGAGUGUGGCACAGAGCUGGCUCGAUGUUCCUCCAACACCUAUUGCCACAACACAGAUGGAUCGUACGAGUGCAGAGGCUGUGACCAGGCAUGUGUGGGCUGUAUGGGCAGUGGUCCGGCCCGCUGUAAGAAAUGUGCUCGGGGAUACAAGCUCAGAGGAGCCAAAUGUCUCGAUGUGGAUGAGUGUAGUGAGAGGGCGAUAGCAUGUCCAGGGCUGAAUGAGGCGUGUUUCAAUGACGAGGGGUCCUUCCGCUGUGAAUGUGCUGACGGCUUCAUUCAUAGAGACAGCAUCUGUGUGGAGAACCAUCCACUGAGUGGUCCAGAGAAGGGUCUGUUUGAUGACAUGACUGAUGACGAGGUCCUGGUCCUGCAGCAGAUGUUCUUUGGCGUGGUCAUCUGUGCCCUAGCAACGCUCGCCGCCAAGGGCGACAUGGUCUUUACCGCGAUCUUCAUCGGGGGCGUGGCCGCCAUGGCUGGAUACUGGCUGUCAGAGAAGGGCGACCGCAUGCUGGACGGCUUCCUAAAGGGACGCUAGUCUACCAGGAGCUCGGGAUACAGGACAGAGGAAGGAACUCUUGAAUGCAAACCAAUGAGGGUGACAAAGACUGAGGGGUGACGGCUACAGGAAUGCUAGACAAUCAGGGAUGUACUAUACUACUUUGGGGGUGUUGGCUUGGGAUGAUUGUGGGUCUUCUGGAUUGUGAACCUUUGCGAUAAGAGACCUUGGAGCUUAGUGAAAUUAGAGAGCUCAAUGGAGGAAUGAAAAUAGAAGACCGGGUACUACUUGAUCCAAGAAUACUGAAAAGACGCUGGAUUGUCUUUCUGCACUGAUAUGGGAGACCAAAACCCAAGCCUCUUGCCUCAACUCAUGGAAUCCCCCCCCAAAAAUUCCACUGAAUUUCAGCCAUGACCCAAAAGGACCAGCUGACAUGAUUCUCUCGUUGUGUUGACGAGGACAAGGCUGGAGAUCACUCUGUCAUGAUGAAAAGGCAGGGCGUGCAGGUCGGAUAAGACCACUACUGAUUGUUACCAAGUUAUUAUGCAUUUGUAUCUUCUACUGAGCAAAAUAUUGCUCCAAAAUGAUGUCUGUUCAUUUCCACACAUCCCAACCCAAACUUAGCUAUCCCUCUUACCUCAUCAGUAUUCUACUGUUCAUCAUUUCACCUUAUACUGAGGAACAGCGGUGUUUCCCUGGUAAUGGAAGGUGAUAUGGGAUGGUCAGUGGGGUGUUGAAGCACUAAAGACUGCUGCUAUAGUGGACAUGGGAAAUGUGUAGGAAAGGACAGAUGCUUCCUGUUGCACCAGUGAAAUUAUGUCCAAUGUUAUAACACUAUUUAUAAUCGCGUCCCUAUUAUGACUGUGUUUUUGCACAAACGUAUUCUUACUGUAUGAAUGCAUGAGAAAGGCGAUACUGUAUGUAUUUAUUAUCCUGAUUGGCAUGAAAGACUGAACUUUAUAGAGCUGCUUGUUUCCCCCUUAAACUGUUCAAACAGGAUGGAUACAAGGAUCAUCACUUCUGUGUCACCACCCCAAACCCUAGUGCCUGAGCAGUGUGCAUGAGAAAGCAAGAGAGUAAAAGGCAGCAGUCCUAGUGAAGAUGUCACCCAUUGUAUCGUUUUGCAAUAAUUCAUUUCUGAACAUAAUUUUUUUUGCAAAAACCUUAAAAGAUUUUUAUUCUGUAUCUGAUAUGUGUGUGAUCAGCACCAGGCAAAAUGGGGUACUGUACAGUCGUGGCCAAAGUUUUAGAAUGACACACAUAUUAAUUUUCAAAGUCUGCGGCCUCAGUUUGUAUGAUGGCACUUUGCAUAUACUCCAGAAUGUUAUGAAGAGUGAUCAGAUGAAUUGUAAUUAAUUGCAAAGUCCCUCUUUGCCAUGCAAAUUAACUGAAUCCCCCCAAAAAAAUUUCCACUGAAUUUCAGCCGUGACCCAAAAGGACCAGCUGACAUGAUUCUCUCGUUAACACAGGUGUGAGUGUUGACGAGGACAAGGCUGGAGAUCACUCUGUCAUGAUGGAGUUCGAAUAACAGACUGGAAGCUUCAAAAGGAGGGUGGUGCUUGGAAUCAUUGUUCUUCCUCUGUCAACCAUGGUUACCUGCAAGGAAACACAUUCCGUCAUCAUUGCUUUGCACAAAACGGGAUUCACGGGCAAGGAUAUUGCUGCCAGUAAUUUUGCACCUAAAUCAACCAUUUAUCAGAUCAUCAAGAACUUCCAAGGAGAGCAGUUCAGUUGUUGUGAAGAAGGCUUCAGGGCGCCCAAGAAAGUCCAGCAAGCACCAGGACAGUCUCCUAAAGUAGAUUCAGCUGCGGGAUCGGAGCACCACCAGUACAGAGCGUGCUCAGGAAUGGCAGCAGGCAGGUGUGAGUGCAUCUGCACGCACAGUGAGGUGAAGACUUUUGGAGGAUGGCCUGGUGUCAAGGGCAGCAAAGAAGCCACUUCUCUCCAGGAAAAACAUCAGGGACAGACUGAUAUUUUGCAAAAGAUACAGGGAUUGGACUGCUGAGGACUGGGGUAAAGUAAUUUUCUCUGAUGAAUCCCCUUUCCGAUUGUUUGGGGCAUCCGGAAAAAAGCUUGUCCGAAGAAGACAAGGUGAGCGCUACCAUCAGUCCUGUGUCAUGCCAACAGGAAAGCAUCCUGAGACCAUUCAUGUGUGGGGUUGCUUCUCAGCCAAGGGAGUGGGCUCACUCACAAUUUUGCCUAAGAACACAGCUAUGAAUAAAGAAUGGUACCAACACAGCCCCCGAGAGCAACUUCUCCGAACCAUCCAGGAACAGUUUGGUGACGAACAACAACAAACUCCAAGCAUUGAUUAUGCAAGAAUGGGCUGCCAACAGUCAGGAUGUGGCCCAGAAGUUAAUUGACAGCAUGCCAGGGUGGAUUGCAGAGGUCUUGAAAAGAAGGGUCAACACUUUAAAUAUUGACUCUGCAUCAACUUCAUGUAAUUGUCAAUAAAAGCCUUUGACACUUGUGAAAUGCUUGUAAUUGUACUUCAGUAUUCCCUAGUAACAUCUGACAAAAAUAUCUAGACACUGAACCAGCAAUGUUUGGAAAUUAAUUUGUCUCAUUCUCCAAACUUUUUGCCAUGACUGUGCACAAGUGUAUUUUAUCAGAACUGUGUCAACAUGUGCAUCCACUCAAUCCCAACACGUUGUUCCACCCUCAUCCUGAGUAUCUACUAAAGCUAGUGCGCUUAGAAUAAAACAUUUAUUCAAAUUA